UCCUGUCCCGAAUCCAGUCACGUGGUUGACACCCAUUUUCUCGUUGUUAAGUAGGAGUAGUUUCUAGUCUUCCACUCGGUAACUAGACUGGUGAAGCAUGAACUGUCUAACUACCAAUACAUAUAGCCUCCGAGCUUGUAGCUUGGUGGUUGAUUGCCAGUGGCACGCUCCGACUUGUCCGGAUUUUAGUUAUUUUUUGCUUUAAAAAUCUAUAAAGAGAGUUUUUAAAGUAGUUAUUUUUAGUUUUAGAAAUUUAUUAAGAUAGAGCUAUAAGUACAUGAAGAGUAUUUAGAUAAGUUAUUUUAUUUCUAUUUUAAUUUGAAAAUAUAGAUUUAAAUUAUUUUAUUUCAAUCUAUAAAUACAAAAUUUAAGAUAGAACUAGAGCUAGAUCUCUACCUAACAUAAUAUAAUAAAUAAUCACCGUCUAGCAAGCUUGUGAAUAUCAAGGCAGCAACAGUUGUCGCGUGCUUGUUUGGAGAUGAGGGCAGCGAUAAGCAGGAGAGUGGCGCUAUUCACGGCGGCUGUGGCUGCAUCGGUGCUGCUGCGGCCGCAGCUGUUGAGCGCAGCGGCGACGGUGGCACCUGCCGAGGAGGCAGCGUCGCCCGGCUGCACCAGGAGCUGCGGCAACAUCAGCAUCCCGUACCCGUUCGGCGUGGAGCCCGGCUGCUACAUCGAGGCCGGCUUCAACCUCACCUGCGACCGCUCCCACCGCCCGCCCAGGCUGUUCCUCGGCGACGGCACCGUGCAGGUGUUCGGGAUCUCGGUUCCCAACGGCACGGUGCGCGUCAACGGCAGCUUCCUGGAAUUCCCUAGCGAUCCUGGCACUCGUAGCGCGCGCAUCGGCACAUGGAGCGGCGCUCUCGGGGAGGGCGGGCCGUACACUCUGGCGUCGGAGAGGAACAGACUGCUGGCGUUCGGGUGCGACGUCCUGGUCAUCCUCGUGGGAGAUGACAACCAGACCGUAGCCACCUGCUCGGCUUUCUGCAACCAGAUCAAGGGUGCCACGAUCGAUUCUACCGACGACUGCUCCGGCGUCGGCUGCUGCCAGGCGAAGAUCUUGCUGGGACGCAGCUCCUACGGGUUCCAGGCUUUCCUGAUGAACGGGAAGACAGCCUUCGAUGCGGGCGCCGGGGCGUGCAUAGCGGAGUCCGAGUUCAGCACUGACCCCAAGCUGCUUGCAAUUGCAAACCCUGCGUGGACGUUCCCUGCGGUGCUCGAGUGGAGGAUCAACCGCACGACGUGCCACGGCAACGCGUCCUCGCUCGCGUGCCGCAGCAGCCACAGCUUCUGCAAGAACAGCACGCUGCUUGGCGUUGACCAACAGGGGCAUCUCUGCCACUGUGCUCAGGGCUACCAAGGCAACCCUUACAUUCCCAAUGGAUGCUAUGAUGUCAACGAAUGCGACUUUCCGGAGACGUACCCGUGUUAUGGCGUCUGCAACAACACAGAAGGAGGGUACCGGUGCAACUGUCUUGCAGGCUUCGAGGGGAAUGCUUCUGUACCAAAUGGAUGCAAAGACAUUGACGAGUGCGCGCAUCCGGAUCUCUACCCAUGCCACGGGAUUUGCACAAAUAGGUUUGGAACUUACGAUUGCCGAUGUAAUAAUGGAGCCUAUGGGGAUCCCUUCACAAAAGAGGGCUGCAACGUAUUCAAGAGCUUCUCAGUUAUGAGUAUCGGGCUAGGUAUUGGCGGUGGCACAGGUCUCUUGCUCUUGGCUCUUGCUGCUCCCUUCAUAAUGCGUAAAAUCAAGCAUCAAAAGAUUAACAAGAUGAAAGAAAGAUUUUUCAAGCAAAAUCAUGGACUGCUACUCCAACAAUUGAUAUCACAAAAGUCAGAUAUUGGUGGAAGAAUGAUCAUUACCUUAGGGGAGCUAGAGAAGGCCACAAACAAUUUUGAUGCAUCUCAUGAAGUUGGAGGUGGAGGGCAUGGUGUUGUGUAUAAAGGACUUUUAGACCUACAAGUUGUGGCCAUCAAGAAAUCAAAGAUUGUAGUACAAAGAGAAAUUGAUGACUUCAUAAAUGAGGUUGCAAUUCUUUCCCAAAUCAACCAUAGGAAUGUUGUCAAGCUCCUUGGAUGUUGUCUUGAGACAGAAGUUCCAAUACUGGUUUAUGAGUUUAUAUCAAAUGGUACUCUUGCUCAUCAUCUUCAUGUCGAAGGACCGAUAUCACUAUCAUGGGAUGAGCGACUGAGGAUUGCUCUCGAAAUUUCAAAAGCUCUAGCCUAUCUACAUUCAGCUACUUCAACACCAAUACUCCAUAGAGAUAUCAAGUCAUCUAACAUACUUCUUGAUGAUAAUUUAACAGCAAAGGUAUCAGACUUUGGAGCUUCAAAGUAUAUCCCGAUCGAUCAAACUGGAGUGUCUACAGCUGUCCAAGGUACCAUUGGCUAUUUAGAUCCCAUGUAUUAUUAUACAGGCCGUCUAACAGACAAGAGCGAUGUUUUCAGUUUUGGUGUUCUUCUUUUAGAAUUGCUUACUAGAAAGAAACCAUUUGUCUUCCGAACUGAGGAUGGUGACAGUCUUGUUUCACAUUUUGCAUCACUAUUCGCUGAUGGUAGCCUAGUUGACAUAAUGGAUCCUCAAAUCAUGGAAGAGGAGGAUGAACAAGUCAAUGAAGUUGCCGCACUGGCGGUGAAGUGUACAAAAUUGAAUGGAGAAGAACGGCCUACAAUGAGAGAAGUUGAGAUUUCACUCGAAAACUUGAGAGUUACAAAGAAACAUGUUCAUCAUAAUACUGCUUCAUGGAGGAAAUAUGAUAGGGAUCAAACUGCAUCUGAUUACAUGUCAUUUGAAGGACUUGCUGUAGAAGCAAGCACACAAUACACUAUGGAAGAUGAAAUAUUGUUGUCAGCUAGGAAUCCUUGAUGAGAUCCUGCUCUGGCCCGAACAACAAUGCUUUUAGUAUUCAUUAAUAAUGCAUAUCAAAUUAGCAAGCCAACAAACAAUUGUAGUUCUUGUUCUGAUCUAAGUAUUCUGGAAAUAUUUUGCUCUUAUGUUCCAUAGAUUUUCAUUCACAGGAAAAUCGUAAGCUAUAAGCCUAUAAGUACUUGUGCUUUGAUGUUUGUUGGUUGAAUGUAAUCCGUUCUUUAGUGUAUACAAGUGACCAAAGUUGCUGCUAACCCUUGCAUAGAUGUAAUUGGUAUAGCUAUCUGCUUCUCAGGCUGGUGACAAGAGUUCAAUUCCUACCGACCAUUAGUUGGCUAGAUUAUUUGUAGGGAUUUUGUAAUGUGAUUUGUAAGGUUUUCUUAAUUUGA